AUGGGAGGGUUUGAGGGGCAUCUGUACCCCGGCCUGUCCUUAUUCCUCUAUGGACUUUAUCACGCAAGACUUCUCUCCAGGGCUGUGAUAUGCAACUCCCCUGUCCAAUAUCCACCACGCCCUCCUUGGAGCAAAGGAAGAUGGGCAAGGUUCCGGCAAAUGUAUUAUGUUGGCUUUCUGAAGAUACUGAGUUCCUGCAUUUUAGUAGUGCAAGAGUUGCAUAGCAUUCAUUGGCAAUUGAUGCUCAUCAGCAAGAUGUAUCACCAGAGAACCUUCAUGUACCGCAAACAGUGGCAGCAUCUCACGCUCUAUGCGGCCUUCUUUCUGAGUGGGUGUGUGGACGUGGUCAGCCAGAACCUGCUGCCCAAGAGGUGCAUAGUUCUGGAGCAAGGUGCCCAGGCGCUGAGCAUGUGUCUCCUUUUGCCCCUGAUGGUGUCUCAUUUGCAGGACACAGAAGGAGUGGAGCUCCGCACGCACAUGCUGCUCAUCCAGGCCCUAUUUCUGCUGACCCUGGUGCUGACGGUCGAGCUGUGGGCUCCCAAUGUGCUGCUGAUCUGGAUGCUGAAGGCCUUUCUGUACCUUGUCACGGGCUCCUGGCUGAUGCAGAUAGGCUUCAUGCUGUACAGACCAGUGUCUGGCUAUAAGUGGAUGGACGAGGACAAACAUGACAUAGCGUUUGCCACCACUUUCUUCUGCUGGCAUGUGGCCUUCGGUGCCUUCUUGAUGAUCUGGAUCCACGGCUGCUCCAUUGUGUGGCAUUGUUACCUCAUUGCCGAUGCCUGA